AUGAAUGAAGAAAAGAAGGCUGAACUCCGAGCAAAGAAUGAACAGGCCUUGAAAGGAAAAAGACCCGAUGCUUCUUUCUUUAAAUCAUUGGAUGCUUCUAUUAAGAAGAAUAGUGCUUUUGUAAAGAAAAUUAAAUCAUUACAUGAAUUAACUCCUGAUCAAAAAGUAUCAAUUGUACCUGAUAUUCAAAAAUUAAAUCUUCGUAGAUUUAUUAGUGAAAUUGUUCAAGGCUUUUUAGAAAUGCCAUUAAAAUUGGAAGAUGUAGAUAUUAUUGUAGAAAUUGCAUCAUCACUUCAUCAAUUAUAUGCUGAAUUUUCUGAAAGUUUUGUUACAUCACUUGUAAAAUCAUGUAAAGAUUCUGACAAGAAGGAACCUAACCUACCUAGAUUACACGUUGUAUUAUUAAUUAUUACUAAAUUAUUCAUAACUAGGAUGCACGAUAAUUUUACAAUUGUAGGAACUGUUUUAAAGGGAUUUAUUACAAUCAAUAAGAAAACUUCACAAUCAUCAAUUUUAAUGCCUUUUUUAACAGAAUUCCAACAUGACUUUUUAAUUGGAAAAUCCUAUGAUGCUACUAAAUGUUUUAUCACUGAACCAGAACACAAACUUAUUAAUGAACAAUUCUUGUCAUUCUUUGAAACACUUUGUGAACGUUUAAGAUCUAAACAAAAGGAAAUUAAUGAAGAUGAACAAGCAGCUACAACAAAUAUUGAUGAUGGAAAUACUGAAAAUCUUGAUAAGGAAAAGAAAAAGUUGAAACAAUGGAAGAAACAAUACGAUUUAGCAAAAGAAGCUGCUGACAUUCUUCAAUCCAAGAUACCAUCAGAUAUUGAAGAUGCUUUACUUAAAGUUGAAGAUUUAUCAGCUAAAAAAGAACAACAAGAUAAAAAAGAUAUUCUCACAGAUAAUAUUGAUAAAUUUGUAAAUGAAAGAACAAGACAAUUCUAUGAAGAAAUACCUGAUAUUAAUACAUUAAUUAAUGAUAAGAAUGAAUUAGAAAAUAUAGUUUCUAUGGAAGAUUUAUUAGAUAAAUUACCUAAAAGACCACCUAUUGAUAAAUUAGCAACAACAUUGGCUAUAAAAUAUCUUAAUCAAAAAGGUAAUAGAACUAAAUUAGUUAAAAAGAUGUUUAGUGUUAAUAGAACAAGUUUAGAAUUAUUACCAUAUUAUAGUAGAUUAAUUGCUAUAUUGAAUCCACUUUUUAAAGAUGUUGGUAAAUCACUUGUUCAAUCAUUAGAAGAAGAAUUUAACAAAUUAUUUGAAGAACAAGAUCAAAUCAAAAUUGAAACCAAAGUUAAAAAUAUUAGAUUCUUGGGUGAAUUAAUUUUAUUUAAAAUAUGUCCAGAAGAGACUGGUAUUGAAUUUUUAAAGAAAUGUCUUUCACAAUUUCAUCAUCAUAAUAUUGAUGUUGCAUGUCAUUUUCUUGAAGUUUGUGGAAGAUAUUUAUAUGCACAAUCUACAUCACAUUUAUUAAUGGUUGAAUUAAUUUCUAAAAUGAUGAGAAUUAAAGAUAUUAAAGUACUAGAUGUAAAAUAUAAUACCAUGAUUGAUAGUGCCUAUUAUAAUACAGUUGUAAAUGUUGAUCAAGAAGUUGAAAAACCAAGAACAGUAUUUGGUGAAGAUGAUGAAUUAACACAAUAUGUUUUACAUUUACUUUUAUCAGAAUUGAACAAGUAUAAUAUUAAUACUGUUUUAAAACAAUUGAGAAAACUUCCAUACGAUGAUUUUGAUAGAAUUAAAAAUAUUAUCAAGAGUAUUCUAUCACAUAUAAGAGAAUGUGCAUUUGGUACUAUUCAUUUAAUGGCAAGUGUUUUAGGAGGUUUAUCAAGAUAUCAUGAAGAAAUUGGUGUUGUUAUUAUUGAUCUUUUAUUAGAGGAAAUUAGAUAUUCACUUCAACAAGAAUAUAUUGAUAAUAUUGAAUUGGGUAUUAAUCAAAAUGCUGAAUAUAUACCAUCUAGAUUAAGAUCUGAACAAAAAAGAAUUAUUGAUAUCAAAUUCUUGGGUGAAUUUUAUAAUUAUCAAUUAUUAGAUAUUAAUGUCAUUAUGGAUGUAUUGUACACAUUAAUUUUAUAUCCAACACCACUACUUCCACACAAACAAGAUACUUUUAGAUUGAGAUUAGUUUGUACUCUUCUAGAUACAUGUGGUCCUUAUUUUGAAACAUCUGCCGAUAGAAAGAAAUUAGAUAGAUUUUUAUUAUAUUUGCAGAGAUAUGUUUUAAGUAAACAGUAUCGUUUACCAGUCGAUAUGGAAAAUAUGUUAGCAGAUACUUUGGAUACAGUUAGACCUAAAUUGAAAUGGCCAAAGAAUUUGAAGGAAGUUGUUGAUAAAAUUGAUUAUAUUGAACAAAAGAAACCAAUUCCACUUCCAGGUCAAAGUAAAUCCAAUGAUCCACUUUCACUAUGGCCAAUUAAUGAUCAUGAGGAUGAACUUUCUGCAACUGCUGCUGCUGAAGAGGAAGAUGUUGUUCAAGAUGAAACUGAAGAUUCUCAAAACAACUCUAAAUCAUCAACACAUAAAGAUGAUGAUGGAGGUGAAUUGGAUAAGGAAUUAAUGGAAAUGAUUAAUCAAAGUAUUAAUGAGAGAAAAUACUUGACCAAUAAUAAUAUUGUCAAGAUGGGUACAUUGAUUUCAAAACCACAAGAAAUGAUGACACAAGCUAUUACACCUAAAAUAAUUCAUCAUCAACAACCAGCACAUCAUCAUCAUCACCAACAACACAUUCAACACACUCAACAUGCUCAACAUGCUCAACAUGAUAGUACAAAUACAUCAUCAUCAUCACCACCACCACCAAUGGCUCAAAAGAUUACCAUUCUCUCUAAACAAGGUAGAACUAAUAAGGCACAAGAAGUUUUUGUUGCUGCCAAUGUUACAAAAUUAUUGAGAAAAGAUUCAAACAACAAUAACACUACUCAAUAG